CCGAGUUCUCCCCCAGGAGCCUCCCUGACACCUCUGCUCCCCAGGAUCAUUUCCCUCCCAUCCCUGCAGCCUGGUUCAGCUCAGCCCGAGCUGAAAGCUCAGGAGGGAACCCUGCCCACCCUCUGCUAAGGGUCAGAUUUCCAAGCCCAGAGGGAGAAUUUCCCUGGAGUCGGUGACCUCCUGAGGCAGCUGUGGAGCUGAGGAUGGAGCUGGGGAGCAGGCAGGACCCCCAGCUCCGAGAGGUCGUGCGGUUUGCGGUGUGCUGCAGGGCCCUGACACUUCUGCUGCAGGCUCUGUUUAACUUCCUGAUCCCAGAUCAUGCUGCAGACGCCUUCUCCCCCCCUCGCCUGUCAGAUCCUGGCCCCUGGGACCUGCUGGUGGAGCAGCUGCUGGGCGGGCUCUCCCACUGGGAUGCUGAGCACUUCCUCUUCAUCGCUGAGCGGGGUUACCUGUACGAGCACAACUGCGCCUUCUUCCCGCUCUACCCCCUCUGCCUGCGCGCCGUGGCCGAGGCUGCUCCGGGGCCCCUCCGGCAGCUGCUGCGCUUGCGGAGCCGCCUCCUGCUCUCCGUUGUCCUCCUCAAUUCCCUGUUCUCCAUCCUGGCAGCCGCUGCCCUCUUCAAGCUGGGCUGCUCCGUGCUGCGGUGCCGCGGGACGGCUUUCCUGGCAGCCCUGCUCUUCUCCAUCAGCCCUGCCAACGUCUUCAUGGCAGCCGCUUACUCGGAGAGCGUGUUUGCUGUGCUGUCCUUCAGCGCCAUGUGGCAACUGGAGCAGGGUUGGGGCUCCCUCAGCGGGGUGCUCUUCUCCCUGGCAUCCGGGGCGCGCGCCAACGGGGUCCUUAACGCCGGCUUCUUCCUCUACUCCCGUGGGCGUCGCUUUGCUCUCCAGCUGCAGGUGGGUUCGGGAGCACCGAGGACGUUCCCUCCCUUGUGGAAGCGACUCCUUAGCCUGGUGUCUUCAUCCCUGCUGCUGUGUGCUGCUGUUUUCCUGCCUUUUGCUUUAUUUCAGUAUUAUGCCUACAUGAAGUUCUGUGGUCCCAGCCCGGAGCGGGAUGUUCCGGAGCCGCUGUUGCAGCUGGCUCUGGACAAGGGCUAUCGUCUGGCAGCCACCGAAGGGGUUCAACCCCCGUGGUGCUCCCAGCGACUCCCCGUGGUUUAUUCCUAUAUUCAAGAUGUUUACUGGAACGUUGGGUUCCUCAGGUAUUUCGAGCUCAGACAGAUCCCAAAUUUCUUGCUCGCUUCGCCUGUCACACUCCUGGGCUUGUGGGCUGCCUGGACCUACGUCACCUCAAACCCCCGGCACUGCCUAACUCUUGGUUUAGAGAGGAGAAAAGCUGAAGGAGAAGACAAACCAAGAGCAGGGUUCUGCAGCCCCGCGGUCUUCGUCUACGUGGUCCAUGCCACGGUCCUGCUGGUGUUCGGAUUCUUCUGCAUGCACGUGCAGGUGCUGACCCGUUUCCUCUGCUCCUCCUCUCCCGUCCUCUACUGGUUCUGCGCUCACCUGCUGCAGGAGCACGAACCUUUGCUGUGGAACGAAGGGACCAGUGAUCAAACCGUGACACCGCUCACCGGGAACGCUCCCGGUCCUGGCGGGGAAAGUUCCUGCGGGAACCCCCUCUUGGUGCUGCUGCGGGGCCGCGGCUCCAUCGCCCCGCUCAGCCGGGGCCUGCUUGGCUUCUUCCUCACCUACUGCCUGCUGGGCCUGGCUCUGCACUGUAACUCCCUGCCCUGGACGUAGCCCGAGGGGCGGCGGGUGCGGGGCUGAAAGGCGGGUUGGGGUUUGUGGGGGUUUUU